AGAUGGCGGCUCCCAGCAGCAACAACGUGCCGCAUGUGCAGGCGAAGUUCUUCACAAAACAGCCACAAUUUGCAGUACCAGACACCCCAUUUUCCAUCCCGGCUUCAGUAGGUCAAGAUGAACUGACGGAUCUCAUAAAUGGAAUUCUUCAAACAGAAAGCCAAGAUGUCAGUAGCACCCAGUUUGAUUUUCUCAUCAAUGGUGAAUAUCUGCGUGUUCCACUGGAUAAACACAUGGAACAAAAAGAGAUCUCUACAGAAACUGUUGUGGAGAUAGAAUACUUGGAACGACACCCAGCACCAGAACCACAGGACUCUCUUCUACAUGACGACUGGGUCAGCUGUGUGAGAGGCUCUGGAAAUUAUAUUCUAAGUGGAAGCUAUGACAACACAUUGAGGAUGUGGAAUUUUAAAGGAGAAAGUCUCAUCACAAUCCCUGGUCACUCUGGACCGGUCAAGGCGGUAGCUUGGGUCAAACAGGAUGAUGAUCCAGUCAGCCUCUUUUUGAGUGCAUCACAUGACCAGACAGUCCUUAUAUGGGAAUGGAACAAAAACAAGAAUUCUGUGGACUGUGUCCAGAUGUGUAGGGGGCACACUGAAAGUGUGGAUUGCCUAGCUGUGGACAGUAGUAAAACCAAGUUUUGCAGUGGUUCAUGGGACAAAAUGUUGAAAAUUUGGUCAGCAAUUCCUAGUUCAGAGGAUGAAAGUACAUCACAAAGUGACGGAGAGAGAUUGCCAAAAAAGAAGAAAACAGAUUCAAAAAUUCCUAAUAGGACUCCUCUAAUGACCUUUUCAGGUCACAAUGAGGGUGUUUCCGCGGUAACAUGGUCAGGUGACAGUGAGAUUUGCACGGCAUCAUGGGACCACACAAUAAAGUUUUGGGAUCUUGAACAAGCUGCUCAAAAAUCCUCAAUAACAGGGACCAAGGUAUUUCUAGAUAUUUCCUAUUCCUCAGUCAAUGGCCUCCUUAUAGCAGGAUCUUCAGACAGACACAUACGACUUUAUGACCCUCGUAGCACAGAGGGUACUGUUGUGAAGAGCACGUUUACAUCCCAUAAUGGUUGGGUGCCAUCUGUCUGCUGGUCAACAACCAAUCAGCAUCAGUUUUUAUCGGGGUCAUAUGACCACCUGGUGAAAUUAUGGGAUACUAGAAGUCCGAAAGCCCCGCUGUUUGACAUGAGUGGCCAUGAAGACAAAGUCCUCUCUGUUGAUUGGACAGUUCCAGACUACCUGCUGAGUGGCGGUGCAGACAACCAUCUCAAAGUAUUUCGACACACAAAAGCUGACUCAUGAUAUUAAUAGAAGGAUGAAAUAACUAACUUUUGUGUCAUGUCACUAAAGAAAAUUACUACAAUGUUUGUAUUCUUGAGCAGCAAACAUUUUGACGGGUUUCAGACCUGUUCAUUUAUUUAUUUUUUUUUUUAAGCUGCUGGGAAAGUGGCAUUUACAGAUUAACUCAGGUGGUGGAAAUUUUAGUGCCUGGGUAAACCUGAAAUAAAUCAAAAAGAGGGAGUGCAUUAAAAUCUCACCAUCAGCCAGUAGCACAAAUUGCAUAUGAGAUGACAAAAACAUCCCUUCACUCCAUAUUUUUUCAUGUGCAUGAACAUGUACAGUAGCACAGCUACAUCUUGGAAUUUCUCAGAGUAAGAAUAGAAAAUAUAUAAUAAUCAUCAAAAUAACAAUCAAAAUAUUAUUCUAGUUUGUUUUUAUCACAUUUAUAGAUCCCCCUCCCAUUCUUUGAAAUGACACUAGGCCUAGUCCUUCAUGGUAUUUACUUUGUGCAUGUGGGGAGAGAAACACACAGGAUUUCAGUGGGCAUCAGUAACUAAUGAAGGGCAUUUGACAUGAGGAUGAAGUCCAAUAAUUAUUACUUUUUAUUACAUCUGAACCAUCUUCCUUGGAAAAACCACUCUUAAAUUUAGAUUCACAUAUCAGAUGGUACAAAAAAUACUUUUGUUUUGAGAAAUAUGAUUAGUCAAUUUUGUUCAAAUUUUUGCACUGGGUACUGUAUAUUUUUUUAAUGCCCACUUAAAGAGAUAAGAAAGAUAAAUUACUAUAAUUAGAAAUAUCCCUCUUGAUAAUAAAAUAGUUUAUUACACAAAAUAAUGUUUACAAUUUUACACAAGGUGUACAAAUUUGAGAUAAAUUACUAGGCUACAUUCAAAACGUUUGUGACAAAAAUUUGUUUUUUAAACUACUAGUACUAAUGUAAUGUUUGUCAUUUUCUUUGUCAAUUACCACAUAACUACCAUAAGCAUUAAUAGAUAAACACUAUCUUGAUAUGAACUCUUCAUCCCCAGAACCUAACUUGACAAUUUAGAAACAAUUUUUCUGAAGUAAAUCUCAUCUGGAGAAUGAACAAGUAAAUUUACAAUGAAGAAAAAAAAAAAAAA